AUGUCAAUGUUUAUUAAUGGUCUCAAAUAUAUUGUACCAUGUCAAAGUCGGUUAUCUUCUAAAACUGUAGAACAAAAUGUUAGUGAACAGUAUCAAAGUAUAUCAACAACAAUUAAAAACUAUCUAAGAGAUCAUCGAAUAUCAACUGCCGAUCAACGAAUAAAAGAAGCAUUCCAUGCAUUACAACUUAUUUUACUUGAAUUACAAUCAAAAAAAGUUCCAAUAACACUAGAAAGAAGUGCAAAGCGCGAAAAUAAAAUCGUGCAAAGUAUUCGAAGUCUUUUACGCAACCGAUCAGAUAUUGUUGUACGUCGUACAGAUAAAAGCAAGGUGUUCUAUAUUGGCAAAGCGACUGAUUUAGCACGAAAAGCCGUAGAAUAUAUGUUGAAAACAAAUGCUUAUCAAGAAAUUACAAAUGACCACUGUCCUCUAUCAGACAUGUUAUAUGCUGUGAAAAAAUUACUCACAAGUCUUGUAGCACAAAAAGCUAUUACCAUCCAACAAUUUAAGAAAAUAUCUCCAAAAACAAUCAACUUAGAACUUGGUCAUUAUCAUGGACUACCAAAACCACAUAAGCCUGGUACGCCAUUGCGUCCUAUUAUUGCAUCGAUUCAUGCACCAGCCACAAUAAUAUCGAAAUUUCUGAAUGAUUUAUUAGCACCUAUAUAUUUGCAUAUUGCUCGGGAAAUGACAUUUAUUAAUGGCAUUGAUGUAAUUGGAAAAUUAGAAAAGUACGUUUUGGGUGGUAACUUUCAAGCUACAACAAAAUUUGUCGUAAUUGAUAUGACUGAUCUCUAUACGAUGAUACCACGUGAAGGUGCACUACAUGCAUUGAUACGAUUUUUAGAAAACAAUUCACACCAUGGAAAAAUGGGUACAUUAUCGAUUGAUGCCAUUAUGAGAAUGGCUCGAUUAAUACUGGAUACGAAUUAUUUUGCUUAUGACAAUAAAUAUUAUAGGCAAACUCCUGGUGGUGCUAUGGGUUCAGCAUUUACACAAGUACUUGCGAAUAUCUAUAUGCAUGAAUGGGAGCAAGAUUUGAUCCAAUAUCAAGCAGCACACAAUGGAAUAUAUGGAAGGUACAUCGAUGAUAUAUUCAUGGCAACUAACCAGAAGAUAGCUGCAAUUAAAAUAGAACUCGAAAGAGCUGCCCAAAAAGAUAUCAAUAUUAAAAUUAACUAUCAAAUUGAUACAUGUGUUAACUUUUUGGAUGUUACUCUACUAAAUAUAAAUGGCUACUUAAAAACAACUCUCUAUCACAAAACCACAGCGGAACCUUAUAUAUUGCCAUACACAUCCGAUCAUCCACGACAUGUUCACCGUAAUAUACCAUUUUCUGCUUUAUUACGUGCUGCUCGAUUUUGUUCAGAUGUACAAGAUUUCAACAAAGAACUUAUUCGUAUUGAUAUGUCAUUGUUAUUAAGUAAUUAUCCACCAAAAUUCAUUAAAAAACAAUUCAAUCGAUUCUGCCAGGUUUAUAAUGCAAUGCCAGUUCUCACAGAACUAAAAAGUGAUGUGUAUACUAGACUAAACCAACAAGUAUUGUAUCAACCUACUCAACGCGAAAAGCAACUUCAAACAAUAACACAAGAUCUCAUUCGGUCACCUACUGCACUUCAAGACAAGAUAUGGGAUCUAAACAUUAUGUACCCAUGA